AUGCCUUCCACCACGCCCAGGGCCCAUGCUCCGCCCCCUCCGCCUCCUCCAGCAAUUAGGAACAAUCCGGCACCUGCUGUGAAUAUCAAUCCGCCAUCGGUCCCCUCAGUAGCCCCUCCGGAUGCUUUGAUGGUAGAACUACUGGUCUACAACGGGGCCCCUUUCAAGGAUCAUUGGGCAUACUGGGUGUGCUCCCGCCAUGACAAGCAAGUUGGAGUUUUGAUACACGCCACUGGAGAUGUCAGGAAUGGCUUCAGGUUCCAGGCCAAGCGGAGCUACGACUUCCGUUACACUACCAACCCCCCAAUAAAGCGAGUUCCGCUUCAGUGGGUAUCUGCCCAGUUCUUUGACGAGAACGCUAUGCUCAACUGGGGAGAUCCCAAAGACGAUUACAUGCCGGUCGGUCCUUUUGAAAUCAGCGCUCAUAGGGUCAACCCCCCCCGGGAAGACAAUGAAUUCCGUGGACGACAAGGCAAGUUUACAAGUUAA